AUGGAUCGGCUGCCGACUGAGGUCAUCUUCGAAGUAUGCCAAAACCUCGACUUCUUUGAUGACAUUGCCGCAUUCCGUCUGCAGGGUCGACGCUACGCCGAUGUAGGUGCAGAGUCACUUGUCUCCCGAGUUCGAUUCUUCACCGAAAAAAACUCUCUCCUUCGACUCGAUAACUUUGCCAAGCAUCCAAUCCUCCGCAAUCGCGUCAAGACUGUCGUCUACGAAGGUAGUCUGCUUGCCUCCCGUUGCUUCCAUGCCUACCGCGAUCACUUCAAACAGGAUCACCAUGGCGCUGAGCUCGCUCCUAAGCCAGCACAGAAUGCAAGUGAGAGAGCUAAACGAUUCUACCGGCGCAGCAUGGAGAAAUGGGAAGUCGACAUUCAGCAAAAGUACGAUGAGUACAAGGCUGCCUACGACACGCAGCAAGAUCUGCUUCACUCCGACACCUUCAAGGAUAUGUUUGAUUCCCUCCACGACUUCCCAAAGCUUGAAGCUGUCGAGAUGACCACUGCAUCUCGCUGUGGUCAUAAUCUCUCUUGGCGAUACGGCGAGACAUACGCGCUCAAUUGCACCAUGCCGUUGGAAAUGUGCUCGUUCAACUCUAUCGGCCAGCUCAGCGCCCUGAUCGUGCCUAAAGGGAUUCCAUUGCUCAAUCUAAAGUCGCUUCAAGUUCAUGCGCUAAGUCCCAAAUUCUUUGCAGACGAAGUACUCAUGCCUGCAAUCACCACCGUGUUCACGACUCUGCGCAAGAUCCACAUUGUCUUUCGACUUGAGAGUGAGGAUCGAGAAAGCAUCGAGGAGGGUCCCAAGGAGGCGUAUUCAAUCCUGACCAAAGGUACCUUCCGCACUGCACUCAAUGCGGCUGAAGGUCUUGAGAGUCUUCAUAUCAACUUCGACGACCUGGGUUAUUGGGGACCAGUCGCCAGUAUUCGGGAUCUGCUAGGCGACAGUACUUGGAAAUACCUACGAAAGCUCGACCUCGACAGCCUCUCUGGUGAUGCAAAGGACUUCAUGCAGACUUUCGAGCGCCAGCCGGCUUUGAAAUCUUUGACCCUGACAUUCAUCUACCUGGAAGAUAUCCUCUGGCCCCAAAUGCUUGUCAAAAUGAAGAAAUUGUCACUGACGGAAUUCAUCGCUCGAGGUCUGCUUGAGGACGGCGACGGUAUCCAUGCUACUACACACAUCGACGCUGAAGCCUAUGCCUCAGAUAAGAUCCAGAUCAGCAUGUGCGAAAUGUUGGAUGACUUUGUCACAUGCGGCAUGGGUGAUGACUUUGACUUCAAUCCUUUGGAGGACGUUGACUGGGAAGACCCCGAUGAGCUGUUCGACAAAUACGGAGCGCCUGGCGAGUAUUCUGAUAUGGACAUAUCUGAUCUCAGCGACGAAUGCGGCUCCUCAAUGUCCGAUUUCGACAGCGACAUGGAAAUUGAUUGA